AUGAGAUUAAAGGAGGUAGAGGGUAAAAAAGAGGGUGUGAUGUUAGAGAAUGGGGACCAUUCAAGUAAAGAUUUGGUACUGGAGUCUGUUCCUCUAUUAGUUCAAGAUCAUAGGAUCGAGAGUAAUCAAAUUGUUUCUGAUUUGGUCAAGGAACAGGUUAAUAAAAUACAAGACAGUAAGGUGAGGAUUGAUGAAUUUUUGAAUAGAGAAUAUGAUGAUGUUUUUAAGGUGAAGAAGAUUGGCUCUUCUGUAUUACCUAUUGUUGAGAUGGUAAAAGGGAGUGUUAAAGCAACAGUGGUUGCAAAUGUGGAUGAGGUUUUUGAGGUUGAAAGGAGAAGGGACUCUUUAUAG